AUGCCGGCGGCGGCGUGGCUGGGGCGCAGGGCCUCCGCGUCGCUGCUGACGCGCGCGAGGGUCCCUGGGCCUUUCACCAACAGCCUGCUCGGCGUCCUCCCGGCGCCACACAGGCCCAGCCGCGCCGUGGCGAUUGGUCCCUGGGGACCGGGGCCUCGGAUUGUAUGGUGCCGGUCGCAAGGAGGAAGUCCUGAGCUGGGGGCGGACCCAUCCACGCAGGAAGAAGGAACACAUCAAAAGUGGAUGGCCACAGCGCUGGAGGAAGCGCGCAAGGGUCUGGCAGAGGGUGAGGUGCCUGUUGGCGCUGUUCUCGUGGAUGGCCAAGAGCUCGUCUGCUCCGCGCACAACCAAACUGAGGUUCUUUCAGAUCCAACCGCUCAUGCAGAGAUGCUGUGCAUCAGGGAAGGCGCACGGCGUCUAGGAUGGCGUUUGACAGAGUGCAGCCUCUAUGUCACCCUGGAGCCUUGCCCAAUGUGUGGGGGAGCUGUGCUUCAGGCAAGACUGAAGGAGGUCAUUUAUGGAGCAAGAAGCCCACUCCUUGGUGCUGAUGGCAGCUGGAUAGCCAUGCUUCCUUGUUCGCAUGAUGCCAAGGAGGCAGUGACCAUGGAGGAGCAGUUGCAGGAGGCAGGGAUGCAAAGGCGCCCUCAUCCCUUUCAUCCUGGUAUGAGGGUGGUUAGAGGAGUGAUGGAAGACGACUGUGCAACCAUAAUGAAGGAGUUCUUCUCCAAACGCCGGCUUGAGAGUAGCGCCCAAUAUGGGCUGCCAUCUCAGAAAAUAGAGCCUCUUGCAUCAAGCUAA